GGGGGAAGACAUAUUUAUUUUAGCGUGUCGUUUUACUGCACGGUAGUUUAGCGCUUCGGGCUUUUAAAAACGGCUCGUUGGCAGUCGCGUAUUCACCUUACCAAUUAAUUACAACUGUCCUCUAGUUUGUUUGUUUGUUUGGCCGUUUUGGGUGAAAGUGUAAAAUGGGAAGAGAUUCUCCUUUGUCGAGUGUCAACGUCGUGCUCGUCAUGGCCUUUGGGAGUCUGGUCUUUGUCUUGCUGUUCAUCUUCGUGAAAAGACAAAUUAUGCGACUAGCCAUGAAAUCUCGACGGGGACCCCACGUUCCCAUUGGUUACAAUGCUCCAAAGGAGCUCAGGCAAGAAAUCGAAGCCAAACUGUGCCAAGUUCAGAAAAUCCACUUUGAGCCACGUCUGAUGUCUCCAGAGGAUGAGCGGCUAAAGUCUGGUGCCUGUGACUACCAGUAUAGAAUGAGAGCACUGGACGCCAUCCGAGACACAGAUUUCCCUUUUUGUGAACUGGGCGGAUCCUGCAGCGCCGUGACGGGAAAACGAUUCCGAACUUGGCUUCUGCAGCUAAAAAAUUCCCACUGCCCCUUCCGGGACAGCCAGAAAUGUCUGAUUGACACGGUGCUGGACGGUUACAACAAAGCACGCCACGGGGACAAGGCUUUUGGUGAAGCAGAACUGUGUAAAUACCAGGAGGCUCUGACUGAACUGGCCUGUGUUGUCAAGAGCCAGAGCAGAAGCGGUAGUAAUAGCAGCACGGCGAGCCAGCACCACCAGACCGCUGCUAAAGACUUGACCGCCACCAUCGAACCCGUAAGCUCCUCCCCGUCGUCGCGGGCCCACCUCACGUCGGCGGCGCAGCAGCGCAUCAAGCGGACCAGGAAUCUGCUGGAGCUCAAGAACUUUAAAGACAAAUCCCCAAGCUAUGGCUCACUGACGCCUAGGGGUCCCCGGACCCCAGUUUGAGAACCACUGUCCUAAAGGGCUUUGUCACCAUUAUUGUCGUGGGUGAGCCGGAGCCUAACCCAUCUGAGGGGUUCACCCUGGACUGGUAGUCGCAUAUGACAAAUACUGGAGGAAAAAAAAAAAGCAAUUUAUAUUGACACUUUUCAGCACUUUCGUGUCUUCAAUGAAUCUAACGUGCAUGUUUUUGUAAUGUGGGAUGGGGCCGGAGUACCUCGAAGGAACCCACACAAGUCAACCACUACCCCGCCAUUUUGCCCGCACCUCAUGUUAUGUAUGCACGGCGCUCACUGUCCUUUUAACAUAUCAUAUUACUAUGAAGGAGUAUUAGGGCCACCCUGAAAAAAAAAAAAAAGUACAGCAUGAGGUGAAAAGUUGGACUCCUGUGACAGUAGUCUUUAUUUUUGAGGUAGUUGUAAUUGAGUACAAUAAUGUAAAUUUGUGUAUUUUCUAGGUAGAAAUUUCAAAUUUGUAUAUAGUGUUAAUUUUUGAGAGGAAAAUAAAUAUUUUGCAAUAGAAAUUCUAUCCUUAAUAAAAGCAAUAAAGUUAUAUUUUUAUUAAGAGAAGUGAAGCAAAGAUAUGAAAGGGGCAGUUGGUUGCUUGCCUCAGGAUAUCCUAAAUUAAUAACUUAUUCUAGCUUGAAAAAUAAUGAAACACUUCAUUUGGGCUUUUUUGGUGUAUGCAUCUUUUUUCCCCCUCUCAUUACCACUUUAAUCUCAAAAUUACACAACUUUUUUCCUGGAAAAUAUAUGACUACCUUGAAAAUAUACACCUUUUCUUGUCAGGUUAGCUUUUCUUUUCAGUGCGUCUCUAAUACUCUUUCCUCUUCAGUAUUAUACCUCUCACUCACAGCUUUUGCCUUCUUAUUGCAAAGGUCAGUUCUGCGUUAUGUAUUAACGGAGAUGACUUGACCAAAAUAAGAGCUGUGACUCUACACGGGACAGAUAAGACAAUCAGUAUUUAUUGCACAAACGUAGAAAAAUGAAAAGCCAAUGUAAAGUUUAAUGAUAGCAUGAAAGCUACAAGUCUUACUUGACAUUUUCUUGAGUUUAAUUUGCUGCAUUUUUACGCCUUAAAUUAUGAUUUACAGAAGCCAUACUUGGAUUUUGAUAAUACGCUCAUUACAUGAAUUCUUUCAGUGCAAUUAUAUUUGAUUCUAGUGCAUUAAAACAUUCUGAAUGUAACAUGAUUUUCAGACAACUGUUCCUGGGUUUGAUCCCAGAAGUCUACUGUAACACCUAAGUGAUAUAAAAAAAUAUAUAAUUUACUGAAUAAAACUGUGACUUCAA